AUGGAGCACGUUUUUGUGCAAGAUUCUAUGGGCUGUACUUUUGGGCACACCUUCACCCAGGAAAACGUCGAUGCUGUCAUCAUUGAAGAUACACAUGUGACAUAUCGCGAGAUUGAGGCAAAAUUAGUUUCUCGUUGGAUACCCCACCUGUUGACUGAAGAGCAGAAAGCAGCCAGGGUUAAUUGGUGUCAAAAAACGCUUGACCGCAAACUCAAAACAUAUUCGGCUGUCCGGGUGUCCCAAGGUGAAGAAAAGCCAACAAAAGUCAUCCGUUCUCGAAUCAUCACCGAACUUCGAAAAAUCAACCCCGAAAGAAGAAUCAUCCUCUACCAAGACAAUGCAAGCUCGCACACAGCCCAAAAAACAAUAUAUCCCGAUCUAAGUCCUAGCGAUUUGUUUACUUUCCCGAAAAUUAAAAACAGACUGCGUGGUCAAAGGUUACAGUCACCAGAAGAAGUAGUCGAUGCAUUCAAAAAUGCCAAUAAGUGCUUCGAAAAUUGGUUCGAGCGCAUGCCGAUAACUCGCCGAUACGACCGCUCCUUUGUCCCGAUGGAAGCUUUUCCCAGUUCUACUAACCUUAGGCAGUUCAAAAAUCGGAAUAAAAAAAUGUCUUUGGGAUCCUCAUAG